UCGCCCAAAGCGCUAGCGGAGUUUCCUGGGUCAGACAGGAGGUUGUGUCUCUGGAGGUGGAUCAUGGCUCUGAGGGUCACUCGCCUGGGCAUCGCGUCCGGAGCCGCUGCCUUCAAAGCGGUGAAGGCUGCUCAGAAGGCAGGUGUUCACACAAGCUCAGUGAGAAGCCUUCGUUAUGGCUGGUUAUCGUACACACUGGGUGAAAGGACAACACCUCGGUUAAACAGAUUCAGCAAAAUCAUCUCUGUGGAUGGAAACUUGGCGUCAGGGAAAGGAGCGGUGGCCCAGAAACUGGCUGACAAGCUGGGGAUGCACUACAUGCCUGAGCCAGACACUUUCUACCUUGACAAGAUGACAGGAGAGAAGGAGCCUCUCUCUGUUGACUUCAAUGGGAUGUGCAGCCUGGAGAAGUUCUACACAGACCCCAAAGCUGCUGAUGGGAACAGCUACAGGCUGCAGCUGUGGAUGUACAACAUGAGGCUGCUGCAGUACUCCAACGCCAUCGAGCACCUGCUCACCACAGGCCAAGGCGUGAUCCUGGAGCGAUCCCCCUUCAGUGACAUGGUCUUCCUUGACGCCAUGUUCACAGAGGGCUACAUCCGGAAGGAGUGCGUGCAGCAUUACAAUGAGGUGAAGGGCAUUAGCAUCUCUGAGUUCCUGCCUCCGCAUCUUGUUCUCUAUGUGGACCUGCCAGCUGAGGAGGUGCAGAAGAACCUGAAACAGAGCAGCAAGGCGUAUCUACAGAGUGUUCCUCUGACAUACUUGAAGAGCAUUGAGGAUGGAUACAAGAAGUCUUUUCUGCCCAAAAUCAGUGAAACAUCAGAAGUUCUCGCUUACGAUGCAACCCAAGCCCAAGAUAUCGAAAAGAUUGCAGAAGACAUCGAUUAUUUGAAGUUUGAGAAAGGACCCUGGUUGGAGCAGGAUGACACCACCUACCACCACAUGAGGAUGUUCGUGGAAGACAAACAGCAGGUUGCAACCCUGACCCACAUACCCAGGUUCUUGCCAGAGAUAACCAUCGGGGCCCACGAAUACGACGAAAAAUACUAUUCUUAUAAAUCGAUUCCUGGGAAGAAGUACUCUCCUGGAUAUAAUGCAGAUGUUGGAGACAAAUACAUCUGGCUGAAGUGAAGGAGUUCACAGGUCCGAACUCUGGACCACUCGUCUAGUAUUGAUCCAGUCGUCCUCUGUUGUACAUCCCAAAUAACAUGUAUGUAUUAAAAGAAUAAAUUUUGAAUCGAA